CGCUCUGCCUGUCAGCAAUGAGUGGCACUAUGUCUGCUCACCGCCGCUUUAGUUAACGCGGUGACGUGUUGUGUCAGUAUACAAUGCAGAAAGGGGAGAAUGCUCCUCAUUGUGAAGCCGUUUAAGUAGUCUGUGAAAGUGUCGGUUUAGCGGGCAGGCUCUCGGACACCCUAAACCGGGGCCUCGGGCUGUGCCAGUGUAGUCGGUGCUGCCGGUGUGAGGAGUGAGCUGGUAAUGCCGAGCGAUGGGGAUUGUGGACCGGUAGCAGUGGGUGGGACACUGACUGGGUGUAAUGAUUGGGGAGACCAGCAGGUUUCCUGUGGCCCCUGGGUGUUGGGGGAGAAUUGGUCCAUUGACUAUAGGAGGGAGGGAGGGAGGGAGAGAGAGAGAGAGAGAGAGAGAGAGAGAGAGAAAUAGAAAUAAAUAAACCAGCUUUCUAUCAGCUCACCUAUCAGUGCUAAACAAGACUGUGUGAGUGGGACAGAAUAAGACAGCGCUCUGUGAGUGGGACAAUAUUGGGCACAAACUUUCCUGGUCAAUGGGAGAUGGAAAGGGCUACUUUAUAAUUCUCAAUAAAGUCUCCCUCUAUUGGGGUUUUACUUUAUUGGUAAUUAUAUAUCAAAUUAGGGUUAGUCACUUUAAUUGCUUGGUUGACCAUUCAUGUGCUACAGUUAUUUUUCUCUGUUACAGUUAUAUUUAUUAGUAGUAGUAGUAGUAGUAGUAGUAAUAACAAUAACAUUAUUAUUAUUAUUAUGAUGUGCUACUUUGAAGUAUGUAGUAUUCAUGUUCUGGUACUGUGGGAGGGAAAUCAAGGCAGUUCAUUAAACUGCUUUAAAUUAACAGUUCACACUGUAGUGAAUAAUCUAGUGUGGGUUUGUUUUUGAUUACUUAAUUAAUGUCCCCUCCUGCAGCGCUAUGCUAAUAAUUAUUUAUACAUACUGCUUGGAGGCACUUUGUAUAUGUUAUCUGCCAGCAUGAUAGUGUAAUGUGUACAGGAAAGUAUGGUGGUUGUGGGGUUACAUGCUGCGAUACUGGCCAUUAAUAGCUUAUACAGGAUUCUUAAAAAGAAGAAAAUUCUAAAUACAUAUUUAAUUAAAAAGGCCUUCUUUUUAGAACUGCAUUCAAGCAAAUCUGUCAAAUAUGAGCAUAUCUAACCAGAAUUUAAUUGUGUUGUGAUUUUUAAAAAAUUUUUUUUUUAAUACAUGCUCUGCUGGCAUUGCAUGUAAACUAAUAUAACCCCUGCUGUAUGCAUGGCCCGUACAACAUUACUGAAGUAAUGUCCAAACAUGUAUGCACUGUAUGAUCUUUCUCUGUAUAUGCCCUCAUGAGUACACUCAAGGGGUUCGGAAAUUACUGGUAGUGAGUUUUUACCUGCCUCUGAUGCAUUAUUCACAACAAUUAGGAUCUUAAUGUCUACUGGCGUGAGAGAACAAGGUACUGUGACUUCCAGAGUUUAUUUAGGCUCUAUCCUCUGGUAAUAUGUCAAACCAUUUGACAGUGGCCUUGCUGUGUCUUAAUUCAUAUAUCAUGCUAAAUCAUGACUGUUCUCUUAUACCAGUCAUUAAUCGUUCACAUAUAGAAUGUUGAUGAAUAAAAAACAUUUUUUUUCAAUACAUUCAAAUAUUUUGCUCUGUACUACAUGUACAAAAUAUAAUCUUUUCAUGAAAUACCUAUUUACAUGCCAUCAAAUCUAGUGAUUUAGAAACAAAGAAUGUGACGGCAGAUAAGAACCAUUCUGCCCUAUUUUUGAAAUCCUUUUAAUUAGUCCCUGGCCUUAUCUUAUAGCUAGGAUAGCCUUAUGCUAUUAGGGCUUCAUCCCUGGGCUAUGUUAAAAUAUAUAAUGCUUUUAUAACUACUCUUUCAUGGAUUGUACAAAGUACUAAUCUAUGCACUAACCAUCCUAGCCUGUCAUAAAGAGCCAAUAAAUAUGGAUUCUCAUAAUAAUGAUUUUAAGCAAUUUAAAAAGACAAUACAAGAAUUAAAUAAAUACUAUCACGACCACCUGUUCAUUUCCCCCCAUAAUUAUUGGAUCUUGAUCAGGAUUUACUCACAUUUUUGGAACACUUCCUUAGCUGCACUUGUUAUCUGAAUUUGCUGCACUCUGCCAGACCACUAGAUUAACUCUGAAAAUGCAUUUUUCUAAAAAACAUUUACCUCCACUAAUAAUCAGUGAAAAUGAGCGUAUUCAUCGCCUGCUUGCCACUUUAGCCAUUCCAUCUCCUGGGAACAUCUUUCCUUACAAUCUAUUCUUUUGUGCGUCCCGUUUAUAGUUUGUUCAGUCUCUUCUUUCCUUUGAAACUCUAGAUUAUUUGUCAGCUGCAGCCCUAACUCCUUACUAAACCUUAUGGUGAUUGUAACUCACAAAAAAAGGAUUCAAACUAUCAAUCGUUUGUACACCGGUAUUUUAGUGAAUAUGGUAUGCUCUGUUUUAUGGCUCUAUUUGCUAUUUGCCCUAUGUACAGUGCUGCUGUGAUGAGCCAUGCUUUAUCAAUGUGUUUGAUAAACCUUGCUUGAUUGGGUUCCCACACGAUGUAGCAGGACUAUUGUGAAAAUAGGUUAACAUGGCAAUAUCACUAAAUGGGGCAUAACAAGUGAUUUCAAGGUAGUUAAAUAAUGGUGUAAACAAAAUGUACAUAGCUCUAAUAGUUGUUUUUUUUUUCUUUUUAUUAUAUAUAAAUAUACAUACUUACUGCUACUUUAGAAGCUUUUAUACAUUAAGGUGAACUGAUCAUUACAGCCUUAUUAUCUCUAUCAGGCCAUGAUAAUAAUUUUGAUGUAUCUGAGUAAGAACACAAAACUGUUGGUACAGUACCUAAAAUGCUUUAUUAUUUUAACCUGCAGCACAGUCGUUGCAGUGUGUACAAAGAUGAUGUCCCGGGCGUACAGCUGGCUGCUUCUUUCUUUUAUCUUUGUGCCUUUCAUCAGUUUUGUGUUUGCCAGGAGAGGGCAGGAUUUACAUUGUGGAGGUAAGAUUUCAAGUAAUUUUAAACUGCACAUACGUCCUACGUUUGUUUGGGUUACUUUUUUCUUUUUUGUUAAUAUUAAUAUAUAACAUUGGCAUUUAGUUAAUAAUCGAAUAAUUCCAAAAUAAUCUAGUUUAUAGUUGACACAGUCUGCUGGAGUCUAUUAUCUAAUUUUUCCGACACUUUAUUAUUAUUAUUAUUAAUAAAGGUUUGAGGCUUUAACAUAAGACAAUACAGAUUAUUGGAGAAUCAAUUACAAAAAUAACAGGUAUCCGUGUUUGUAAUUAAAGGAACACUGAACAUAAACAUGCAUUCCUGAUCCUAUAGUGUUAAAACACUACCUGGCCUCCCUAAAUAUAGUAACAUCUUACUUGUGUUCAAGUCUGCAGUUGCUGCCUCUGCCCCUUAUCUGUUUGCUUGGCCGACAUCAUGAGAAGUGAUUCUGUGAGCCAAUCACAAUGCUUUCCUAUAGUAUUGGCUGAGACUGUCAAGGAGGCAGAUCGGGGGCAGAGCCAGCACAAGUCAAACACAGAUCUGCCCAAUCAGCAUCUCCUACUAGAGAUGCAUUGAAUCAAUGCAUCUCUGUGAGGAAAGUUCAGUGUUUGCAAGCAGAUGGGGGAGAUACUGAAUGGCGGUACUGCUCACUGUGCAGCAACGCCCCAGGAAGCACCUCUAUUAGCCAUCUGAGGAGUGGCUAGUGGAGUUAUCACUAGGCUGUAAUGUAAACAUUGCAUUUUCUCUGAAAAGACAGUAUUUACUGCAAAAAGCCUGAAGAGAAUGAUUUUACUCACCAGAACAAAUGCAAUAAGAUGUAGUUGUUCUGGUGACCAUAGUGUCCCUUUAAAAAAAGUCAUGGUACCAUUGUUAAGCGUAUAAAAUACAUAACAUUAUCUCCAUUUUAGAAGAUCACGGCACCUCUACAUGGACCUUGAUGGGCUCCGGUUCUAAUACGCUUAGGACAUAGAUAAAGAGGUGGGAGAAAAAAAGGGGGAUUUUUAUAAAAGGGGAGAGAGUGGGAAGUUGGAAGGCAAGAGGAGGAAUGGUUUAGUGGGAAUUUGGGCAGACGCUUUGGAUGACUCUCCGCACCUCUCAUCCCAAUUUGUUGCCUUGUCCAACACUUUAGAAUUAAAACUCUAAAGUAUUCAAUAGGACUGAGAGGAAUACUCCAGGCACAUAAAGCACUUCAUCCUCUUGUGUAUUCCCUUGCACAGACUCCAUGUCUGUGCCAGAAAAAGAGGGGACGACUAGCAAAGGCUGUAGACAACAGUUCUGAAGCAUUUGAAAGUUAUUUUUUUCAUCUUUCCCUGAAGAAAACAUGUUAAAAAUAAAUCCAUGCAUGUUUCUUUGGGAGUUUAUCUAUUACAUUUUUUUAAAAUUUUAAUAAUGUUCAAUGGAUUUCUCCUUGAUGGCGUAUGAGUGGGCAUAGGAAAUAAGAACUGUCAACUCUAUAAUGACUACAUAAUGUUUUCACAUACAUUUCUCUAGUGAUGGUGUUCUUCCCUUGUGUUUGUUGUAUGGGGCCUAUAUCCCUGUAUAUACUCUAGUAUUUACUCUGCCUUGUCUUACUGCUGAGCAUGCUAUGAAUGAUUUUAAUUAAAGGACCACUAUAGUGCCAGGAAAACAAACUCUUUUUCCUGGCACUAUAGUGCACUGAGGGUGCCCCCACCCUCAGGGUCCCACUCCCGUGGCGCUGAAGGGGGAGGAAGGUGUUAAUCCCUUACCUUUUUUCCAGCGCUGGGCUCCCUCGGCGCUGGGACUCUCCUCCCUCUUCUGAUGUCAUCAGCUGAAUGCGCAUGCGCGGCAAGAGCCGCACCCGCAUUCAGCCAGUCUUACAGGGAAGCAUUCUCAAUGCUUUCCUAUGGACGCUGGCGUCUUCUCACUGUGAAAAUCACAGUGAGAAGCGCGGAAGCGCCUCUAGCGGCUGUCAAUGAGACAGCCACUAGAGGCUGGAUUAACCCAUAUGUAAACAUAGCAGUUUCUUUGAAACUGCUAUGUUUACAGCAAGCAGGUUUAAUCCUAGAUGGACCAGGCACCCAGACCACUUCAUUAAGCUGAAGUGGUCUGGGUGCCUAUAAUGGUCCUUUAAAGAGUGGAGAAUUUUUUAAAAUUUAUUUAUAUAUAUUCCAUAUUAAAGGGACAACUCUAAGCACUAAAACCGCUUAAGUUUUUUAUGGAGUGGUUUUGGUGUAUAGAUCAUGCCCCUGCUUAAAUGUAAGGGACAUCCCCAUUUCAGUCACAUUAUCAAUGGCAAGUCUGUCCAACCAAGACAUUAGUUGGCUGAGUGUGCUGUACUGAUGCAUACCUGCACACUUGAUAAUGCAGAAGUGUAAAUUACAUCUUAUCAAUGUGGCUGAUACGUGCAUGGGCACCUAUAACAAACUGUUCCCUUUCUGUUUUUUUUUUUUUUUUAUUCCUUCUUUAAACUGGGGGACAGCACCAGGGAAUUCAAAGCAAUGCAACUAAUACAGGUAGCUGUAAUGGUUAUGUUGUGUAGAGUUCCCUUUUAAUGGUUUCUCUACGUAUUGGGCUAAUAUGGAGGAAAACAGUGCAAAUGACCGAACACUCUGGUUGGAUUCCAAGCCAACCAAUCAGAGAACUUUGACGGGCUGCUCACUGUUUACUAGACAUGCCCCUGCUCGCGAGAUGGGGCAGAUUAAUUACUAAUACUUCGUAAUCUUUACUUGGUAUUACUAAAGUUGGAUGAAAGACCAAUAUUGUUCUUUCAGCCUUUUGGUAGAUGGCUUUCUAAUACCGUGGGAAUUAGGUAGCUAUCUACUAAGUGGCUGCAAGAUGUGUCAGGAUUUGUGUGUGUGUGUGUUGUCUAUAGCCUACAACUGUCUUCACUCCUCCCGCGUGGAGAAUGCUGUGUCAGAGCAUUGCCAUGGCAACAUGCGGCAACGCUCCGCACACCAUGAUCGCAGAAGGAGUGCUCAGCCUCUCAGGUCCUCCAGCCCUCCCUGUCACUAAUGGAGGGCCUUUGGACUGGUGAGGGAGAUCUUGGAUCUCACCAGCUCAAGAGGGCCAACAGCAAGAAAGCAAGUCUUCUCUGUUGGUCUGGACAGACACACACACACACAAACACACCUUUUCCAACUGCAGCAAGAUCUGCUGCUUAGUGGUGGGGCGGAGCUUGAGCGGCAGGUGCUACUUGCAUGUGUGGGUGGAGCUUACAUCACGGGGCGGAGCCUGUGUGCCAGAGAAGCUGCUGGGAAUUUGGAAGGGAGACGAAGUGCUCCAGCUGGCCCCAACAGCCUCAAUGCAGAUCCCAGCACCUCUGUACACUCCUCAGCAACUCCCAGCACCUCUCUCCUGUAUUCCCUUGGACUUUAACAGGCUGUUACAGCCCGAGGGAAUAUAAUAAAAGCACAUGGCCCUGCAAGUUGCAGGAUUUGCUCAAAUGCAAAAGCAAGUUGUUUGUUUAGCCUACAGAAAAGCUACACUAUAAUUUAAACCGUCUACAGGUCUAUGAGUUUGUGAACAUCUGUGAGCAUUGCACAGCUUUUAUCCCGUGUACAAUAAUUCUGCUUUUUAUCAAACCUGUUCUUCCAACCCUCCGUUUCCUCUCUCUCUCUCUUUUUUUUUUUUUUUGGUGUGUGUGUGUGCAUCUCUAAGUUAACUUGAUACAAUAUCCCCUUUCGUUUUUCCAGCAUGCCGUGCACUUGUUGAUGAGAUAGAGUGGGAGAUUUCACAAGUUGAUCCCAAGAAGACAAUCAAAAAAGGAUCUUUCCGCAUAAACCCAGAUGGCACCCAGUCGGUAACAGAGGUAUUCUAAUAGUUUUUUUUUUUUUUUUGCCAUUCAAGAGAUGGUCAUUGUAAAAUGCAUAUACUGUUUGUUAGUGGCUGUCAAUUGCAUAUCUUCUGUAAUGAAAUCCAUUUUAUUCCCUUGAUACAUGGCCCCAGGCUUGUAAUGAUACGCCAUAUAUCAUUUUGUGGACUUCAGUAUUUUUCAUCUUGGCCUUUGCAUUUCAGUCACACACAGUUCUUAAGAAGGAAUUUAUGUCACAGUUAUGUGCUACAUACUCUUAUUCGCACAAAGUUGAGUAACAUUAAAUUAGCGUUAUUUGAGAACCACUUUUGUAAAUAUGGAAGUGAUAAUCCCUUAUUCUUCCCAACCAGAGUAAAUAAUAGUGACACUCUUACUGGUGUUAAUUGGCCAACAGAGAAGAGCACAUGCAAUGCAAGCUCUUAGUUAAAGGGACACUAUAGCCAUCAGAACAACUGCAGCUUAUUGUAUUUGUUCUAGUAAAUAUAAUUAUUAUUUUUGCAGUAAACACUGUUUUGUUUUUUGUUUUGUUUUUUGCAGAGAAAGGCAGUGUUUACAUUACAGCCUAGGGAUACCUCCACUGGCCACUCCUUAGAUGGCUACUAGAGAUGCAUCCUCUGCAUAGAGUCACUGAACUUUCCUAAUAUAGUUGCAUUGAUUCAGUGCAUCUCUGUGAGAAGAUGCUGAUUGGCCAGGGCUGUGUCUGAUUUCUGCUGGCUCUGCCCCUAAUCUGCCUCCUUGACAGUCUCGGCCAAUCCAAUGCUUUCCUAUGAGAAAGCAUUGAGAUUAGCUCAGAUCAUAACAUUUGAUGUCAGCUAAGCAGGCAGAACAGGUGCACAGCCGGCACCAGCAGACAGGAAAUAUUUUACUAUAUUAACCCUUUAAGGACCGGCAUGUUUUUGCGAUGUUGUACGUUAAGGACCAGGCCUCUUUUUACACUCUUGUGGUGUUUGUGUUUAGCUGUAAUUUUCCUCUCUCUCAUUUACUGUUCCCAUACAAGUUAUAUAUUGGGGUUUUUUCAGGACAGAAAUUGCUUUCUUUACAUACCAUUAUUUAUAUAAUCUCAUGUAAUUUAAUUAAAAACUUUUUUUUUUAUAUAUAAAUAUGACAAAAAAUUGAAAAAAACUUUGUUUUUUUUUACUUUUACUUGAAAAAUCUUUUACUCACCUACAAAAACUAAUGAAAAAAACUGCUAAAUAGAUUCAAAAUUUUGUCCUGAGUUUAAAAAUACCCAGUGUUUACGUGCUUUUUUACUUUUUUUUUUGCUAGCUAUAGGGUUAUAAGUACAAGUAGGAUAUUGCGGUUUCAAAACAUUGAUUUUUUUUUUUUUGGAUUUUUUUUGUUUUUUUUAAAUGUAUCAAUAGUGACAUUGUAACACUAUUAUCUGUCAUAAAUCUCUGGAAAACACCCCACAUGCAUUGGUUUGCCACAAUUUUACAGUAACAAAUUUUGGACUUGCCCAAUUUGGCUGAAUAUAGUUUGCUUGCUUUGCUAGGCACAUGUUGAGUGUGGUGCAUUUUUCCAUCCCCCAAUGUGAAUUUAUGGAUUUGAAAAUAUAUAUUUGUAUAAAGUACACAUCCAAGGUUUUGACUUCUUUUCCCCAACCAUUUUGCCCCUAAUAUUCAGAGAAAGUGUGCGGUGGUAAUUUUUUAAUUCUGUUUUUUAUUUAUUUAUUUUUUUUUUUUAUUUAUAUACACACUUUUUGCUUUUAGAUUUCGGCCACAAUACUUUUUUAACCAAAUGUGCAGGUAUCAAAUGCACCUUUAGCAGCAAUCUCUGAACUAACUCCUGCAAAAAGAAUCUAACUGGAGAUUUGGGGAAAAGAAACUAACUAAAUGUUCUGCUUUCAAAAGAAACAAAAAAUAAAAUUCAGGAACAAGUCUUACAAAAGGGUAUGCUCUGUGUGGUAGAGCUUAAAACAUGUUCCAAUACAUAAUCUGGGUUUUGAAGGGCAAUCGGGACAGUGAAAGGGGGUCUGUCCUUUUCCCUUUUUUGUAACAGACCCGGCAACAUUUCUGGGGAUUUGUUUUAGUUUCAGUAGGAGGAUUUUAAAAAUAUAAUGCGUAGCACCAAUUCUUGAUUCCUCUGGCACCGUUGUUGGAACUUCAACGGAACCAUCUCCAUAAAUGAUUGUUGAAAUCACUUUUAGUUAAAAUUGGAGAAAGGUGGUUCUUCCGGGAUUCAUUUAAAAAAAAAAAAAAUAAAAUAAAAAGUAUAAACGAAUUGUGGGUUGCUACUUGCAUCAGCCACCUUUUUGUACCAGGCUUUAGUUCUUCUUAAAAUAAGAUACGGCUGCAUGAGCUGAUCAGCCAAAUCUACACGCCCCAUGUGCCUGUUAUAAGCCCUGACGCAAACAGGUUUGGAAUUUACUCUGCCUCUGACAGUGACGUCUGACAUGCUUUCGUCAUGGAUGGUGGUUAGCAUGUUAACAUCCUUCCUGUCCUUAAAUUUAAUUGCAAGCACUUCAGCUUUGCGCAGAGCUUUGGAUUGACUUUUUUUUGUUUGUUUUUUUUUUUUAUUUGGCCUCUAUGAGAGGUCUGGGGAAAUCUUUGGAGUUUUUUUUCUAACAGUGCUGCAGGCCAGUGUCUGCAAACUAUAAAGUGAUUUAAAUAAACGGACACUACUAUAGAAAUUGUCCACAUAAAGGUGGUAAUUCUUAUUGAACAAGGGGGUCAGUAGGUCCCAAACAAUUUUCCCAGAAAGUCAGAACAGCCAAGAGGGUCCGGUUGACCAACUUUCCCCUCAUAUACGCGAAAGGCAAACGUAUAGCCACUUUCGCUCUCGCACAGUUUGUAAAACUUGACGCCAUACCUAGCGCGCUUUGAGGGAAUGUACUGUUUGAACCCCAAUCUCCCUUUUAUAUUUCAUAAGGGAUUCAUCAACAGAUACAUUUUGCUGGGCAGUAUAAACGUCAGAAAAUCUUUGCUGCAGAUGGUCUAUUAGUAGGCAUAUUUUGUGAAGCCUGUCAUAUUGGGGUUGAUCUCUGGGGUGACAGAGGGUAUUAUCAUUGAAAUGCAAGUAUCGUAGCACCAACUCAUAUCUUGCUCUAGACAUUGUUUGGGAGUAUAUAGGACUAGAACAGAUGGGGUUGGUGCUUCAGUAAGAGUGGAUUGAGGGCUUCUUUAUUAUCCCCAUGAGCAUGGUAGGAGCCCAGCUUUUUUUUUUUGAGUUCAGGGACAUCUGUGGGAUGCCAAGCAUGCUCCCUGACUACAUAGCUACCUGAAUUUGCAUUAAAAAAUUGGGUAGCAUAGAGAUUAGUCUGGGAAGCAAUCUCCUCCCAGAUUGUAUCCUCCAAAAAUAACUCCAUAUAUUGCAUAGCGGAGAAGUCCUGCACAUUGAUAUUAAUGCCUGCGUUGGCACUAAAAAGGGGGAUUAACUGUGGAGGUACCCAGUCCUCCUCCACAUUCGGCGUAGCAGAUGAAGCACAGCUUCUUUUUACAGCCGAUUCACAGACAGAUGACGUGUCUCUAGACGUGUCGCUAAACUGACCUGGGUCAAAAUCGGACGCAGUGUCAGUGGCGUCAGUCUGACGCCAAGAAGGCAUAUGCCUCCUCCAAGCUAUACAUGCGAUGCAUGUUUCACCAACACAAAACUAACAAAUUUCUAACAUAAAGUUUUUUGUUUUUUUUUUGUUUGUUUUUUUAAAAUAGACUAAAACAGACUUUAGCGGCAAUCCCUAAACUAACUCCUGCAAAGAGAAUCUAAUGGAGAUUUGGGGGUAGGAAACUGUCAGGAUUAAAGAAUGAUCCAGCACGUAGAAUUGUAUAACACAGAGGACUGAUCGGUAACGUAUACUGGACCUUAGAAUGGUCGGACUAACAUACCAAAGAAUAGUCAGAAAUAGCCGAGGUCAAGGGAAACAGAAAGAGAGACACAGCGAUAAGGAAAAGCCAGGAGUCAGAGAUGCCAGAAAACAGGGAAGUCAAAAACAAUGCCAAAGUCAAAUAACCAGAAUUACCAGAAUCAAUAACACGCUCUCGGACAACCACAAGGGAAACCACGACAGGGCAUUGAGCAAGAUGAGAACGGGGCCUAAAUACCCCUACUCUAGAUCUGAUAGGCUGUAACUGGCCUUUGACCCCAAAAGCAGUUACCAGGUUUCCAUUUGCAUAAUUGCUGCUCAGCAUUAACCCUUCUGUGGAUUUGGUUGCUGCUCGGCACAAAUUAUCCUGUGUGGACAGUAAAUGUCAUUAACCACAUUUUUAUAAGUGUAUGAAUACGUGACAGAAACUGACUAAAGUUUGACGCUUAUAAAAAAUAAAAAUAAAAAAAUAAAAAAGUCUAAAACACCCUAAAAGAGACUAAAAACACUUUUCGACAAGAAAAAAAAUCCUUAAGUGCAAAAAAAAAAAAUUACACGGUACUAAUGCACUGCUGUAAUAGGACUUGGCAGGGAAGGGGUUAAAAUGAAUUAAUUUUUUUUAACUUUUUUACAGGUUUUGAUACUUCUAGCAACUCUUUCACACUGGCAACAAACUAUCCGCUCUGAUCUCUCUCUCUCUCGCCUCACAAAACGCUACAGAGGAGAGAGAGGCAGAGAUCAGUGUCAAAGUGAGUGUUUGUAACACCCACUUUGACAUCAGCCAAUUGUGUGCGAUCGCGGAUCGCUCACAUGCCGCAAUUGGCUGUUACUAUCUGCCUGGGAUGCCGGGCAGAUAGCAACACGGGAUUUCGGCGGAAGCAAUCUCUGAUCGCUCCCGCCACCCGGUUUCUGUUAUGACGGUUCAGGACCGUCACCGGUCCUCAACGGUAUGUUACCGAUGACGGUCCUGAACCGUCAUCGGUCGGCAAGGGGUUAAAGGGGGCUAGAUGGUGUUUUUGGUACUAUGGGGUCCGGAGUACAUGUUUGUGUUCCUGACCAUAUAGUGUUCCUUUAAAGGGACACUAUAGUCACCAGAACAACUACAGCUUAUUGCAUUUAUUUCUGGUGAGUAGAAUCAUUCCCUUCAGGCUUUUUGCUGUAAACUCUGUCUUUUCAGAGAAAAUACAGUGUUUACUUUACAGCCUAGUGGUAACUCAACUGGCCACUCCUGGCUACUAGAGGUGCUUCCUGGGGUAGUGCUGCCUAGUGAGCAGCACUGCCAUUCAGUGUAUCCACCCUCUGCAUGCAGGCACUGAACUUUCCUGAUAGAGUUGCAUUUAUUCAAUGUAUCUGUAUUAGGAGAUGCUGAUUGGCCAGGGCUGUGGUUGACCUAUGCUGGAUCUGCCUCCUUGUCAGUCUCAGCCAAUCCUAUGGGGAAGCAUUGUGAUUGGCUCAGACCACCACUUCUGAUGAUGUCAGCAGCUGCAGACUUGUUCCUUUAAUUUAGAUGAUGGAAAAAUAGCAUUACUCAUAAAUUACUUUUAGUUGGGUACCUGUUAAAAAGGGAAGUCAUAAUUUGAUUUAACCCUUUAAGGACUAAACUUCUGGAAUAAAAGGGAAUCAUGACAUGACAUGUCACACAUGUCAUGUGUCCUUAAGGGGUUAAAAAAAUUUUUUUUAAAUAAUGUUCUAUUUUUUUGAAAGAAUUACGCCAACCCUUUUCUAUAUUAUUAUAUUAAGUCUUAAUGUCCUGUUGGAAAUUACUAAUUGGAGUACCCUUUAAUUUACAAAGUGUUCUGAAGAGUGCUAUAUGAUAAUUGUAAAAUAAACGGCCAGAUAGUUCAGAAAGCACAUUAUAUUUAAGUAUGGUUCAGAAAAGCCUUAAUUUAAAGAAUUUAUUGGCAAAUAAACUUUCACCAGUAGAUGGCGCUGCGAGAAUAAAGUUUGUCAUGAAUACAGUAUUGAGCAAUUCUACACAUGUUUAUAUCUCUAUUUAAAAUAAUACAUAAUUUUUUAUUUUAUUUUUUUAAAUCUUUACACUUUAUGAUUAAACAUCUCAAGCUCAACUCAUUCUUGCUGUGUGUUUUAAUAUAACAGGUAAAGAAUUUCAGAUUUCUGAGAGGGUAGUGGAUGCAUGGAAUAGCCUUCCAGCUGAAGUGGUAGAGGUUAACACAGUGAGGGAGUUUAAGCAUGCUUGGGAUAGGCAUAAGGCUAUCCUAGACUUAAGAUAAUGCCAGGGACUAAUUAAAAGUAUUUUGAAAUAUUGGGCAAACUAGAUGGGCGAAUGAUUCUUACCUGCCAUCACAUUCAAUGUUCUAGGUUUCUAUUUGCUUUAGGUCAGGGCUGGGUACAAGAGUAUCUUUUGAAAGUUGAAAAAUAGUCAAUGUCCAACACUUGUUGUUGUUUGGCAUAUAGAGAAACUACAGAAAAUAACAUAUGUUUAAAGUUCCCUGCAGAUGCUCUGUUCAGUCUCUUUGGGAAGCGCCUGUACCUAUCCCAUACGCCUCUGUCCAGCAGAAUUUGUGUUUAAAAAAAUAAAUAAGUGUGUGUGUGUGUGUGUGUGUGUGUGUAUGUAUAUGUAUAUGUGUAUAUAUAUAUAUAUAUAUAUAUAUAUAUAUUACAUUGAAUGAAACUGCUGUGCAAACAGAUAUCGGCUGCACAACGGCUGUUAUGAGUUUACACUAGACGUGUGCAAAAAUUAGUUUUGUACAUAAACUAAUUAAUCCAAAUCCUUUUAAUCCCCACCCGAAUUAAUUGAUAAAUUUGUGAAAUAAAUGGGCAUAUCACUUGGCUUAAAUGUUGAUUAAAAGUCUUUUGAUUUUGGAUGAAUGAAUCUGUUUUAUGGAUGAAAUAUUUAUUUGGCACAUGUCUAGUUCAUGCACAGCCUAGUUCACUGUCUAGUCGUUUUGCAGCCAUCAGCAGAGCUGGAGACCACUGUUCAUCACUCUCUCAGGGGCGAGAAGUGCAUACUACCUCCACACCUUUUUUGUUUGAAAUAUGGCACCCAGGAGUGAGCAUUCUUGCUGCUCUGAGCUGCAGGUUUAGACUAUAUGGGCAGCAAUUUAUUUAUUUUUUGUUAAUAAUUGGCUGCAGUUCUGAGGCACUUGUCUCCAAAACUAUUGGUUCUGCUUUGGAAUACGUCUCUCAUGAUUUUGUCACACUGUGCUCAUUGCCAAAACAUCUACGUUGGAGAGGAAUCGAUCUGUUCCUACAGUCCUCUAGCUAGAGUAAAUCACAUCAUCUGUAUGUGCUGUAGUAGGGUUCUUCUGCUCUAUCCUGUCACUCAUUUAUAAAGAUGUACACAGAAACUACAGGUAAGGGGUGCACCAUAACUUUACAUGAACUUUAAAUAAAUUCUAGACAUUUACUAGCAGUUAUAUUUUAUUUAUUUUUUUUGUCCCUUAGCAUGAGUAAGACCCAGUGAAUGGACAAAAAAAAAUUACAGUAUACUUUUUAUACAGCAUUUUUAGUUAUUUUUAAAUACUCAUUGUUGGCUAAUCCUGACUAGAGAUGUCGCGAACUGUUCGCGAACUGUCCGCCGGCGAACAAUAGCGUGUUUGCGUUGGGCGAACAUAUCCGAUUUCCGGUCCGCCCCCUAUACGUCAUCAUUGAGUAAACUUUGACCCGGAACCUCACAGCCAUCAGACACAUUCCACCCAAUCAGCAGCAGACCCUCCCUCCCAGGAAGUGUCUGCUGACUGUGAGGUUCCGGGUCAAAGUUUACUCAAUGAUGACGUGUAGGGGGCGGACCGGAAAUCUGAUAUGUUCGCCCAACGCGAACACGCUAUUGUUCGCCAGUGGACAGUUCGCGACAUCUCUAAUCCUGACUGGUUGUGUAGUAUGUGUAUAAUUUUAAUUCUGUGCAUAUGGACCUCUGAUGUCGGCACGCACAGGUGUCCAAUGGCAGCACCCCGUCCAUGCUGCCCAUUUUUGAAGUUGUUUUUGGUACUAGAACAGUUUACUUUUUUAUUUUUAGGGUGAGCAGCACAUCAAGGGUUACUGUAACAAGAAAUGUUUUAUGAAAAGGCUGUUUUUCGGUUUGUUUAAACCUUUAUUAUGCAUAACGGUACUACCAGGCUGAAGAUGACUAUUUAUUUCAGGUACCAUAUGCCCGCACAGAAGCUCAUCUGAUGGAAUUACUUGAACGUGUGUGUGAGAAGAUGAGAGAUUAUGGUGAGAAAACGGACUCAAACACUCAACGCAAAACGUAUGUGCGUGUUUUAUCCCGUGAUGGAAAAACAAUGGAUGCUUCCAACACCAACCUUGACAGUGAAAUGAUAUCCAACCUGAAAUUUAUGGUAAGCAAAUUUUUCUGUAAAUCUAAUAAAAUGUGUAUACAAUAAUAAAUAAUGAAACGUGAUUCUUUCCAGCUAUUCUAGUACAUGCAAGGGUUACAUGCAAGUUCUUCCUAAUAUUACUAGUAAACGUGGAAAAAAUUAGAUCUGUGCUUCUAGUUGAAGAGUGCAGAAAAUGUGCUACCAAGAAUUUUUUUUUUUUUUUUUUGGAAGGACAUAAAAGACAAGCAAACGUUUUGGGCACAAGCCCUUUUUCAAUGCAAAAAGUCAAUUUUGCAUUGAAAAAGGACUUGUCUUUUAUGUCGUUAAAAUAGAUGAAGUGUGCAUAAAAUGUGCAUCGAAGCAAUUGGAAGCGCAGAUCUCAUUUUGUUCCAUGUUUAUCUGGUUUUCAUUGCUGGAACUAUGGUGAGAGGAGCUGCAGCUCGGGAGAAACUGUUUGUUUGUAUCAUUUUAAAUCGUUAGGUAUUGCAAUUACCUUUUUCGUUGUUACCUUUUUACUAGUAGGUGGAGCUCAGCUAGGAAAGUACAGCCAAGAGGAAUAUUUAAGGGAGGUGAGUCACCUAAGACUGUAAGCUCGUUUGAGCAAGACCCUCUUCAACCUAUUGUUCCUGUAAGGUUUUGUAAUUGUCUCAUUUAUUGUUAAAUCUCCACCUUUAAUAAUAUUGUAAAGCGCUACGGAAUAUGCUGGCACUAUAUAAAUACCAGUAAUCUUAUUAAUAAUAAUAGUAUAAAGUCUUCAUUGCUAUUAAAAUCUGCGCUAUUUCCAAAAUGAAAAAAGACACACUCUUCACAACUUUUCAGCAAGCUAAAGGGCUUUAGGGGUCUGGAGUGUCUGCACACUGCUAAUGGAAAAGUAAAUGUCCCAGUGGGUCAGCCAAGGAACCGAGGUGGCUAAACCACUCGCAAAUGCAAUAUUGGAAGUGAAGGGUCCGGGCAUUUCAGUGGGGAAUGCAGACUUUAAUCCCCCCCCCCCAUUUAUUCUACGUUUAGUGACGAACUUAACUUUGAACACUUGCGUAUGAAUUUAUCACAGCCCAAUGAAUGAAAAUUCAUUUCUGCAGUGUAGACUUUGCCAGAGGAAACUAGAGGCCAAAAUAAGCAGUUUAAACUGAGUAAAUCAUUACGCUUCCACGUGCCACAAAUAAACUGUUGGCAUGUUCUAGAUUUUACUGUAAUUCAACGUUAACCUAGUGGUUCAUUACCGAUUAGUGAUAAAUAUGCCACAAUAAUUUAUUCUACUUGCAUAAUCAUUAAAAGCAUGUGUAUAUUGGAUCUAUGAGGUUUAAAAUGCACCCCAUAACAAUGUAAUCUCUCCCAGUUCUUUGCUAUUUAUUGGGGUUUCUGAGAAAUGCAAUAAUAAAAAUUCAGUGCAGAACUCUGUAGCCCUCUCUAUACUUUAUAUCUGACUGUGAACUAUUUUAUAAUUGUUUACAUUUUUAUUUGGUGAUCCCACUUUUCUCUUUGGGCAUUGCCUUUUGUUGUGCUCAUAAUGAAUAUUAUUUUUUAUAAAGCGCCAACAAGUUCCGUAGCGCUGUACAAUGGGUGGACUAACACACACGUAUUUGUAACCAGACAAGUUACACACAGGAACAGAGUGCUCAAUGAGCUUACAUGCUAGAGGGAGUAGGGUAUAGUGACACAAAAGGUAAGAAUAGGGUAGAAAAGUAGGUUGCUAGAAUACUGUUCAUUGAGGGAUUAUUGUUUUGAUUACAGUUUCAGUAGAGGAAUCGGGGUGCAGGGAGAGGCGGCUGUUCGUAGUUUAAUUGAUCUACUUUCCUAAAGAAGUGUGUAUAUAUAUAUAUAUAUAUAUAUAUUUUUUUUUUUUAUUAUUAUUUAUUUAUUUUUUUUCAAAGAUUUUUCUUGAAGGAGUGGACAUUGGGUGAGAAUCUAACAGAGAUGUUAAGGGCGUUCCAUAGGAACAGUGUAGCGCUAGAGAAGUCUUUAAGAUGAGCAUCAGAGGUAGGCGCACAAACAGAGGUUACGUGUGGGUGUCCGGCAGAGCGUAGGGGCCUAGAUGGGACAUAUUUGUGUAUCAGUGAGGAUAAGUAGGUCGGAGCAGCAUUGUGUAGAGAUUUAUAAGCAAGUAUCAGGAUCUUAAAUUGAGUACUAUAUCUUACGGGAAGCCAAUGUAGAAACUGACCGAGGAGAGGCGUGGGAGGUGCAGGCGGACAGGAAGAUGAGCCUUGCCGCCACAUUCAUUAUAGACUGUAACUGGGCAAGUUGGGAACACGUAAGACCACCGAGAAGCGGAUUACAGUAGUCAAGGCGAGAGAGGACACCAGCAUAGACAAGCACCUUUGCCGUAUCAGGCGUUAAAUAGGGUCGAAAGCACAAUAUUUUUGAGAUGGAAGCGGCUCGAUUUGGCGAUUGAUUGAACGUGAUGGAGAGGUCGGAGUCAAUGAGAACACCUAGGCAGAAAGCCUUAGAGGUAGUGUGGAUAGUAGCGCCAUUGACUUGGAGCAACACAGACUUGGGAGUAGCAACACUUGAGGGAGGGAAUACCAGAAGAUUUGUUUUGGACAGGUACAGUUUAAGGAUAUAAGCAGCCAUCCAGUUGGAAAUAGCAGAGAGGCAGUUAGAGACACGAGUCAAUAUGACAUUAUCUUUUUUUUCCCUCAUGGUUUUAUUUAAAACUCCUCCCCAACACUUUAAAACAAAAAAAAAUGUAUAUUUUGGUGUGUUUGUUACAAAAGUGACUUCCUUCACUUUUCAACAUCAUCUAAGGCAGCGUUUCCCAAUUGGUGUUCCGUGAGAACACAAAUGGGGUUUCGCCAAAAUUUCUAAAAACAAAAUGGCCGCAGGCGGCAAGGGAGCAGCUAAAGGUAGGGAUGCUGGGUGGAGUAAAAAAAAAUGUGUGUGUGUGUGUGUGUGUGUGUGUGUGUGUGUACUUGGAUCUGUGUCUGGUAGGGAGUUUGUAUGUGUUUGUCAGUGAGUGUAUGUGUAAAAACUUAUGAGUAUAAGUGCUCGAUAUCUAUAAUUCGUAGCAAAUCACCAACAAGGGGUUCUCUUCAUCCUUGUGAAGUGGAUAGUGAAGAUAACAGACCGGAGGUGAUCAGCGCUUAAGAGUAUACAUACAUACAAUACCGAUGAUAUAUGAAUCUAUAAGUACAAAGCAAGAAACAGAUUAUAGUUCAGUACAGUAGAUUUUUCCUGAAUAGGUAAAAUAAGUUAUAUGAUGGGGGGGCGAACGCUGAGCCAAGCAGACGCAUGCAAGCACAGCUCCUGCUCAGCAUGAACAUUAACGCAACCAAAAGUCACGAAUUAGCCCAGAAACGUGAUAAAAAAAAAUUACCGGCAGGGAAAUGAAGUCAAACUAAACAGUUUGAUACCAAACCCGAAGCUACUGACGCCGGUCCGUCGAGAUCUGCAUUGAGGCCUAACGUGGGAGGCGGCCGAUCUCCCGACGCAGGGACAGCACUGCACUGCGGCUCUUCUGUUCCCCUGCUACUACUCCCCCUAGGGACCGGUGGGGGUUAUCCCGGUCCCCGCUUGAGACUCGCACUCACCUGUCAGAGUACACUGCAAGGCGCACAAGGUACCGAAGGUGGUCACCAGGCUGUAUCCAGACCACGCUACAGCGGACCCAGGGCUCCAGCAAUGGAGACUGCACUUUGAAACCCGGUUUGCCCAAAUCUUCAGGGUAUCUGGAGGCGACUACAGCGCAAGCCUACAUCGCAUAACAAUUUCUUAAUUCCUCAGUUUUUUUUGUUUUUAUUUUAUUCAUAUUUAAAUUAUGUUUCAUAUAUAAAUAUUUGAUAUGAAAUGAAAGCCCUGUUUCUCCUGAACACAAUUAUAUGUAAUAUGUGUGGGUGUACUAAAUAUGAAAGAGUUGAAUUAUGGUUGAACUGAUAUAUAGCACAAAUUCCAGGUUUUGUUUACGUUUUGUUUUGAUCACAUCUCCAUCCUUAAGGGGUUAAAAUAAUUUUUAACAAAGGCAUUACCUCAAGUAUUCUGAGUAAACAAGAAUUUAAUUACAUAACGGUUACGCACCCAAUUAUUUAUAAACAAAAUAAAAACUAAAAUAAGUUAUUUGUGAGGACUAUAAUAAUAGACUAUUCCACAGCCCAUGUCUGAGGCUUGCUCUGCCCCCCUUAACUUCACUUUAGACUGACUUUUAAUUCACAUGUUGGUGGAUAUCCCUCUAAGUGUAUUGUAUUUGGAGUCUGUUGCUGUUGUCUCUCAUGCAAGAGCAACCAAAUAGAACUUAACCAGAGAGAGAGCCAGAACAUUGUGUGUCAAUGACAAUUAUCUGAUACAUUAAAAGAACAUUCCAAAAAAAAGUACUUACCUGUGGUUCCCUGUCCGCUGCCCCCUGCCUCUCUGCAGCCUCCAGGAGAGCCGGAAGCUCCUGUUGGGAGUUUCUGUUAUCUAUUCUGAACUAAGCCCUGCAAUGCAGGGCCAACUCAUUGGUUGACAGGGUCAGCUGAUCGCUCCCUGUGUAUAUACAGAAUUAAAACAUGUUGUCUGAAUCAAUACAGGCUGUGGAUACAUAUGUAAAAGAUCCCACUAGUCAGAUGUCAUGAUAGUUUCCAUUUUUAAGGUUAUUCGAUAAACAUUGUAUUUUAGUGAAUUAAAUCCGAAUAGCCACCCUUCGUCCUAUACCCUUAAUGGGGUAUUCAGAUUACCUCCUUCCUUUCUCUAUCCACCCCUUCUCACUCCUUACUAGCUGAGACUGCGCAUGCACUCUGACCUUGUCAAACAGUCUAGUCAAAUGCUUCUCUAUAAAAAGCAUUUGAUUGGACCAAGGAGAGGAAGUCAAUGACACAGCAUGACUUCGGGAUGGGGAGUGGAAUUUCCUAGUCCGGUGCUGGUUUCCAGGUACUUUAAAAAUUUUUUUUUAGAAAUGUGUUUUUCCUUGCAUAAGAGGGCAACCUAUUACAUAGUGCCCAAUAGGGCACUUAAAAAAUAUAUAUAUAUUUGCAAAACCGUGUUGGCGUAAACCUUUUAAGGCGAAAAUAGCCAAACUAAAACCUGUUGGCUUGGUAAAUUUCUCUCUAACUGUCCUGCGCUAAAUUUGAAAUUCCCUACAGUUCUCACUUUAGUGAAUAAGCCAUUGUGUGUUUGGUGUGUUAAUCAAAAUUGACAAUCUAGCUUUUAUUUCACUAUGUAUUAAUUUACUUUCAUAUUUCCUCAAAGUUCUGGCCUUGCAAUUUUAAGGCAUAGAAUUCUUGCAGAAUAGGCAAGAAACACAGACAACAGUUCAAAUGUUUAAGCUAACGUUUCUAAAAUUCUUGAUGUUGAUGUAGGACUAUUCCUGAGAUGACUACUCCUCAUCUGCACUAUUUAUUUAUAAUGUAAGAGUUUAUGAACUUUGUAAUGCUAUAUUAUUUUCUAAAAGCUAUUUAGGUAUAUUGUAGAAGAGACAGACACAAAAUGUAAGCAGUGGUUAUAUUACAGGUUUAGACACUUUCAAAGGUGGACAAGACCAUGCAUUAUUUUUAAAAGUAUACUUUACAGACAGGGUACUAGGCAACUAAUUGCCAGUGUUUUUUUGAAUCUGUCUUUAGUGUGAACGCAUUGUGGAAGAGUAUGAAGACGAGCUAAUCGAAUUCUUUUCACAUGAAGCUGAGAAUGUUAAGGACAAGCUCUGCAGUAAGCGUACAGGUAAUGAUUCAGUCAAUGGGUGAUUGUUGGUUUUCCUUUCUACCUUUGUCCCCCAUGCUAUACCAAAGUAAUUUCCUAUUAAAUGACAAUACAGCACUGUCCAAUAGUCCUGAGAUGACUACUCCUCAUCUGCACUAUUUAUUUAUAAUGUAAGAGUUUAUGAACUUUGUAAUGCUAUAUUAUUUUCUAAAAGCUAUUUAGGUAUAUUGUAGAAGAGACAGACACAAAAUGUAAGCAGUGGUUAUAUUACAGGUUUUUUCAAAGGUGGACAAGACCAUGCAUUAUUUUUAAAAGUAUACUUUACAGACAGGGUACUAGGCAACUAAUUGCCAGUGUUUUUUUGAAUCUGUCUUUAGUGUGAACGCAUUGUGGAAGAGUAUGAAGACGAGCUAAUCGAAUUCUUUUCACAUGAAGCUGAGAAUGUUAAGGACAAGCUCUGCAGUAAGCGUACAGGUAAUGAUUCAGUCAAUGGGUGAUUGUUGGUUUUCCUUUCUACCUUUGUCCCCCAUGCUAUACCAAAGUAAUUUCCUAUUAAAUGACAAUACAGCACUGUCCAAUAGUUUAUUUUUCAGAUUUUAUCAAUAUCACUUCCUAGAAUUUUUAUUACGACUUGUUUGUGUAUCUGAACUAGAAAUCAUCUCCUCUGGAAUCUAUUCCUAAACAAUUCAAAAAAUAAAUAAUCCAAUAUUUUUUUUUGUUUUUUUUUUUAAAGAUCCCACAAAUAGCAAUUUGAGCUAUCUGGAACAGAUGAUCUUACUUCAUAAUGUGUUUUGUGUGUUUGCCAUAUAUGCGUAUCCCCUAUAUAUAACAAAAUGUGUUUUGGGAGGUAUAAAAAUGACAUGUAGAAAUAUACACUGCUCUAUCCUGAGUGGAGACAGACAGAGUAGGUACCCGAUGAAUGCUGUCAUUAGGUUCCAUACACUGUCAUGAAGACUCUUGUUAUCAGAAACAAAGUUUGGCAUUCUUUUCUGAGUAAUCAUCACUUCGGAUUAACGUGAUGCAAUACAAAUAUAACUCCUCCACGGUGAAACACCCUUCUGGAAAUAUAGUAGAUUACAGUAAAUUAAAGCUAAACUUACUGUAGCUGGGUAGACAUGCGUUCAGUUUUGACAAAACUAUCAACAAGUAUGUAAAGAAAUGGGAAGUUCUUCUUCUUUAACGGACUCCUCCAUUAGACUCUUUUAAAUCAUUUACUGGGUUUAAGGUUAAUAGCAGAAGCAAGCAAGAAAUUUUUUUUACCUUUUAACACAUUUCUUUGUGAUUGACAUCAUCGUGUCCUGAGAAUCUCUAAGCAACAUUUUAGCAAUAAUUCCACAAGCUAGAAAUCCAGAGGCAUUGAUUGAUAGGCUGUGUCAGAACAGCUUUCAUUUAAAAUAAACUCUAGAUUCUUUUUGGUGUUAAUAUUUUUUAUUUGUUAUUUCAUAAUAUUUUAUAAACACAAUACAUUACAAACACACAAAUACAUUAAAAUAAUUAUUAGCGCCUACCGGUUCAAAUACAAAAAUUAACAUUACACAUUUCUCAGAAAGAACCUAUCAAUUCACAAACAUUACAGACAUUAACAUAACAUUAUCCCAGUCAUCUUAGAAAUUAUAUUUCAUCUUAUAGGAAGCCCAUUCAUUAAUACCCUUAAAGGAAGGAAACAAAAGAGUAUGUACUGAUUGAAUUGAAUUAGAGUUUUAAGUUAUAAAUUGUAGUAUGUCUUACUACUGAUACCAUGCUCACUCAAGUUUUAUCAGAUUAUCUAUCCACCUACUGUUCUGCUCUGCCUUUUUAUUAAUCCACUUAAGGCCCAGUUCCAUUUUACAUUGGAAUACAAUUUGUUUUGGUUUUUUUUUUUUUAAAUUGGCCAGCUAACAGAAACAUCCAGUUUCCAGUUUCUGGCCAGUCAUAAUUUAGUAGCUGAGAAGAAAUGAGUUAACAUUAAUCCUUGACUAGGGUGUAAAUCCGGCCAGUCAAGAUGCAGAAUUGCAAUUUCUAUUCUUUUAUCAAUUUUAAAUUUCCCUAGAGCCUGCAGCUUUUCAAAAGUCAUGUCCCAUAAAUUAACUGCAACUUCACAGUUCCACCACAUAUGUAAGUAGUCUGCCUCAUCUUUAUUGCACCUCCAACAUUUAUUAUCUUUCAUAUAAGAGAACUUGGAAAUUUUUUUAGGAUCCAAAUACCAAAAAUGUAUCACUUUAUAUUGAGUCUCCAUCAGGUUCAAACAGUGUAUGUCACGGCUGAAUCUACUUAUUGCCGCUAACCACUCUUUCUCGGAAAUAUGAAUCUGUAGUAGUUCAGACCAUUUAUUCAUAUACUUAUUUCUCAUACCUCCAGCUAAACAUGAUAUUAAAGCAUAUGAUUUAGCCAUUACCUUUGGAGUUAUACAUUCACAAAAUAUUUUAUUUAGAAUAUUCAUUACUUGAUCUUCUCCCAUCAAGAGAGAGUUUUGUAAGAAACUUUUUACCCUAAGGUAAGAGAACACCUCUUUACAAGGCAAAUCAUAUUCUGAAAUCAGAUUUGGGAAAGUUUUCAUCGACCCUGCUUUAAGUAAAUCUGAGACCCUCUCAAUCCCACAGCUCUUCCACGUAGUUAAUGAAAGGUCUUGUAUAUUAUUUUCCAAGUUCUUAAUGCUAAGGCUUUUAAUAAUUUUAUUCUUCCCUCCCACCUUACUCUUAAACAUAGACCAAAAUUUCCCAAGAUGUCCAAUAAUAAGACAGUUCUCCGCUAUUUCUCUCCAGUUGGGAUAAUGAAUAUUCCAUAAUAAACAUGAGAGAUCUUUUAUUUGAGUUUGUUGACUCUCAAUAUACCAGCUUUCCUCCACAGCCUCUGGAGUUUGCAUCAAGUAAAUGUGGCUAAUCAUGUUUGCAUGAUAAUAAUUUUUUAAAAUAGGCAUGCCCAAACCCCCUUCCUUUACUUUAUAUGCCAUAUGUCGUUUAUUAAUUCGUGGUUUUUUACCGUGCCAGAUAAAUUUAGAAAUACUCGUCUGUGCCAUAUUUAACCAACUAUCUGGUAUUUGAAUAGGAAGAUGUCUAAAUAUGUAUAGCCAUUUAGGAAUAAUAUAGGCCUUUAUCGCAUUAAUCCUGCCAAUCCAAGAUAUGAACAUGUUGUUCCAACCAAGAGUAUAAUUCAUCUCCUUCAAUACGGCCAUAAAAUUUAUUUCCAUUAUUUUAUUAACAUUCGGUGCAAUUUUGAUUCCCAAAUAAUUAAAUUCAGACUCUGUCCACAAAAAAUCAUAUUUUAGUUGCAUAGCUGCUUUAAAUGUAUCCUCUAAGUUAAUACACAUAAUCACCGUUUUAUCUGUAUUUAAUUUAUAAUUAGAAAAUACUGAAUACGCAUUAAUCACCUCCAUUAAAGCAUGGAGGGAUUUAUACGGAUCCAUAAGUGUCACCAAUAUGUCGUCCGCAUACAUACUGAUCUUAAUUUCUCCCUUAGAAAUAGGAUAACCCUGUAUAUUAUUGCUUUCUCUUAUCUUAAUUGCUAAUAUUUCUAUUGUUAAUAUAUAAAGCAAGGGUGACAAUGGGCAUCCUUGUCUGGUCCCAUUACCAAGGGGAAACCAAUCCGCACAUAUGUUGUCCAAUAGUUCUAGCAAUAGGGGAACUAUAUAAAGCUUUAACUGCAUUACACAACUGUUCUCCAAAACCGUAUAUUUUUAAAACCUGCAUCAUAAAGCCCCAGUCCACCCGAUCAAAGGCUUUUUCUGCAUCUAAUGCAAGAAUAACUAGUUCUUUAUGUUCUUUUUUAACCAAAUCCAAGAUAUCAACUACUUUCCUAAUAUUAUUUACUGAGCUGCGUCCAGGGACGAAUCCCACUUGAUCUUUAGAAACAACUAAUUCGACAACUUUUUUUAGUCUAGCAGCGAUAAUAGAUGAAAAAAUCUUGGUAUCUGAAUUAAAGAUAUCGGCCUGUAAUUUUUUACAAAUGAAGGAUCUUUAUUUUGUUUAGGGAUAGGAAGAAUAUUAGCCGCGAGAAAUUCUGCUGGACAUUUGGCCAUACUUAUGAAAUUAUUAAAAGUUGAGGUCAGCUCCGUUGCAAUUCUAUUAUUGAAGAUUUUGUAAAAGGAUUCCCUAAACCCAUCGGGUCCUGGGGCUUUUUUUUUUCUUCAAAUCAUCAAUGGCUGCUAUGACCUCUGACACCGCAAUGGAUCUAUCUACUACUUCCUGUUGUUUUUUAUUAAUAGUAGGUAUAUUAAGACCCUUAAUAAAAUCUGCCAAUUUCCCUAAUUUAGUAUUAUCCGCACUAUUAUAUAAUGCCUUAUAAUAUUCAUUAAAUAUCCGGCCUAUAUCAUUAGGAGUUCUAAAUAUCUUAUCUUAUUAUGUAUUAUUUUAUCAAUCCGAUGCAAAGCUUGCUGUUUCUUUAGUUUAUUCGUCAGCAUUCUAUCUAUACGGUUUCUUUUCAUAUACCAUUUUUGUUGUAAUUUCUCAAUAUUAUUAGCAAUCCGAUUCAUAUUUAUUGCGUUAAGAUUAUUCUUAAUUAUUCGGAUUUGUUCUGCCUUUUCUUUUGUUGGAAUUUCUUUAUUACUUUUUUCUAACUUAUAUAAGGAAAUAUACAUAUCUGCUGAAUUAUUUCUUCUUUUCUUGUUCUCAUAUGCACCUAACUUAAUAAAUGGCCUCUAAUAACAGCCUUAUAUGCUAACCACCUACUCCCGGGAGCCGAGUCUUUAUUCUCUGAGAAAUAGAAGUCUGACAUUUUAGCAAUAUACUCUUUAUUUUCAUCACUUCUCAACAAUGAUUCAUUUAAUCUCCACUGUCUAAAAAUUUGUUUCUGGUUAUGAUGUAUUUCCCAAACUAUCGCGUUAUGAUCAGACCAUAUUAUUGAUUUUAAUUAAUACUUUUUUAAUGGAGCUCACCAAUGCUAUAUUUCCUAACAACAUAUCUAUUCUAGCAUAGGAACAGUGUCUAUAAGAAAAAUGCGUAAAGUCAUAUUCCUGGGGGUGGAAAAUUCUCCAUAUAUCAUAUAAAGCAGCCUUUUUCACAACAGUGGAAAGGGCUUUAGCUUUUUGUUGUAAUGCUAUAUCUAUUUUAACCCCUUUUUUCAUUCUUUUAUCCCAUUCCGUGUCUAGGACACAGUUAAAAUCCCCCGCCAUUAUGACCCUGCCUCUUGAUAUUUUAUCUACCUUAUCUACUAUGUCCUUCAUGAAGGCCACUUGACCCGAGUUAGGGGCAUAGAUAUUAACUAGAGUGUAUAUCUCAUUAUUCAAUUUACAAAUCAGUAUAAUAUAUCUAGCCAUUGGAUCCGUUUCCUGAUACAAUACUUCCCAAGAUACAUAUUUCCCAAUCCAAAUAGUUACUCCGCUCUUUUUUCCUUCCUUCAAGGAUGCUUUAAUCACAAAAGCAGUUUGUUUCCCAAGGUAAUAUUCCUUAUUAGAUUCCACCCAGUGGGUCUCUUGUAUAAAACAAACCUGUAUUCUUUCCUCCCUGAUCAACUCUAUCAAAGCCUUUCUUUUUUGUGGACUAUUAAGACCCUGGGUGUUUAAUGUGAGCAUCCUAACCAUCCUUACUAUCCACUUCUAUCAUUAUUUCUUCGAUAACUGGGUUAAACAAACCAACACUUACAAACAAGAGCCUCUCCCGCUCUUUACACAUCCCUACCCCAUAGUCCUUAAUCUUCCCAUUAGGACUAACCACAUGCAAACCCUGCAUGUUCUCAGAAAAUACUGAAACUACAAACUGUAGCUACUCUUAACUAGGUGAAUCAGUCUGGCUUAUCCCAAUCGAGACAAUAUUAUUAAAAGACCUAUCUAUUUAAACAGAAGAGCAUCGGGAAGGAGAAGCAAAGCAGGGCAAAGGGAAAGCUGCCACUGCCACUUAUUGUUAGGAGAACAUCCUAGAAAGGAGAAGAAGAAAAAAAAAAAACCACCACCAACAUAUAUAUUCCUAGAUUAACUAUUAUUAUAUAUCAAUUACACUCUUUCUACACCUUCUUAUCAACCAAAGUGAUCAUUACAUUAGUCAUAUACAAUUAAUUAUAUUUAUAUUGUGCUUAAUGAUUCAAUCUAUGAAACAUCCCUUCUUAUUAGUUGUUUAAACUCCACAUCAUAAUUCUAGUGCUUACUAAUCAUUUAUCUUAUAUUGAUUAGUAUUCAUACUCAUUAUGUUUCCCUGUGACUUCCCAGAUUCAAUUCUGAUACAAUAACCAUAUAUAGGCUCAUGAAUAAUUUACCCCAAACCAACAUGUGCUUAUCCAUCAUCCAUUUUACCUUCAAUUUUCUAAGCGCGAACCCUUUAUUAAUUUCCUAUGCACCUAUACCACAUUUAGAUUAUCAUAGCACUUAUUGCAGCCCUUGUGUUAUCACACCAAAAAAUCCCAAUAACAGAAAUUUCCUUUUAUACUCCUUUAUCUAUCUAAAUUCCCACAUGUCUAUUAUUCAUAUCUUUACCAUUUAAUUAUCAGUGCUUACUGCAUUGUAACUAUAAAAUCCAAUACUUCCUUAGCUCACCAAAAAAAAAAAAAAAACCCUCAAUCGUCUAACUCCUUUUCUUCCAUUACGGCACCUCCCCUCUACCACUCCUCCCUCUCUCUCUAACUCAUUUUAUAUCAUUCUUUUGAAGCCAUAUUACAGCCUUUUGGGGCUCGUCCAAUGAAAUUAUAUCUUUCCCUCUCGUCACUAUUAACUUGACUGGGUAUCCCCAUUUAUAUCUUAUCAUAUUUUUCCUAAGGAUGUUAGUAACAGUUCCAAAAGCUUUUCUGUUUUGCCUGGUCUGCCAGGAUAAGUCUUGGAAUAAUUUCAAAUUCAUAUACAAGUAUUGAUCCUUAUUUUCCAAAUUUGUUCUAUGCUUAUUUAGAACUUGAUCUUUAAUCCAGAAUUCAGAUCAUUACGUCUCUAGAUACAGUCUCAGGCAAUCCUUUGGGCCUAGGGAGACGAUGGAAUCUGUCCAUUAUUUUUAUAUUAGGCUCCAUCUUCAGCCCUAACUCCUCGAAGAAAUUUAAUAAGUAUUCCUCUAAUUUUCCAUCCGAAAUUUGUUCGCUGAUACCUCUAAUCCGUAAAUUACUCCGUCGGCUUCGAUCUUCUAAAUCUGAUAGCUUUAGUUCCAUCCCAUUAUAUUUUUUAUCCAAUGAUUCAAUUUGGGAUUUUAACUCCGCCUGCAUAUAAUCCACAGCGUCUAAUUUUUCUUCUAUAUUCACAAUUUUCUGAUUUAGUAUACCAAUUUCUGCUUUGAUUUCUUGCACAUUGGAUUGUAUUACUGAAGUCAAUUUGUCACAUAAAAGCUGUUGGCUCUUUUCCAAUAUUUCUGAAAAUGUUUCUUGAAGCUCCUUACUAAUAAUUGCCUUCAUUUCUCCCUCUUCUCCUUGAAUAAACGACAUACCCUCUUCGCCGUCUUUCUUACCAGGAGAUUGUGUCACAAAAAAUUGGAUAGCCGUCUUAGCUCUUUACUUUCUUUUUUAUCCUUUUUUAGGGAUUUAUUUUCUGGGUUUUUCUUGGAGGUCAUUUUCAAAUGACCAGCUUAUCCCAUUCACCAACAGCGAUAUUAAAUAAGUAUUCUUAUAAGUGCUCUUAUUAUAUGUCAAUAUACCUUACUUAAUAAGAUUUCGGUUUACCAAACCAGUAAUGCCAGUAAUAUAGUAGGUGUAAUAGAUGGUUGUAUAUUAGGUAUAUUGAAUAUUAGCCAAUCCUUACUGACAGAACAUUCAGUCCCAGUAAGCAAGUAAUCUUAUUAGUCAGUUAAUGCAUAUCUUAUAGAAGAUCUUCAGGGAAAUGCAGAAAUAACUUCCACUCCUCUAUUAUUACGAGUUUUAGGAGCUUAGGAGAGCAACCCAAAGGUCUCCUUAUCACAGCCCACAGCAGGUUACUGCUUCAAAUAAACAAAUGCCCAGUCGUUUAUCUACUUUAUCAGUAGAUUUGAUCAGCCAGAUCAGCUUACUAUUGCAGCCGCACUCCCAGCUCACACUUCGUCUUCAAUACACUUCCCUGCAUUAGAGAGACAUCCCUCUCGCCUGUCCCAAUCUUUUUCCAGGCUGCCACCAAUUCCUCAGACGCUGCCGCCAUUCCUCACGCUGAUCUGCCUUCACUCCGCUUCUCCUCUCGUGGGACUUGCUCAGACCGCGCCACCGGAAGCGAGCGUGCGUGCGCUAUGUCAUCGCUCCCGCCCCCCGGUUCUGAAUAAACUCUAGAUUCUUUGACCUUGAUAAAUGAAUGUGCCCACUUUUUUGAAGCAUGUUUAAAUAUUUUUAAGAGUAAUUAAUUUAAUUCCCUGAAAGUUGCAAGGUUGGGUUGGGAGAACAAUUUCCCUGAAAGUACACUUCGUCUUUGUUACCCAACUGAGAGCUUCUUGUUUUUCUUUGUUUUGGUUUUGAAAUGGUGUCUCUGUCCUGGUGAUACCUGCAGGCAUUUUUUGUACAGUGAAAAUUACCAGGUCAUUGUCAUGAACAGCUUCGUGGUGGACAGGAUGCCAUUCAACUAUUUACAGGAUGUGUUUUUGCAUCAACAUACUUUCUUAGUGUAUAAGAACGGUAUUUCAGUAAGUUUCUGCCAGACAUGGCCUGUUGUACACUGAUGCUCUUGAGGACCUUGUUUGAAGAUUACUAAUCUUUUAUAUUGGUAAGAAUAAUUUUGGGGAUAUUGUUUUAUACUAAUUUAAAGGGGGAAUAAUCAUAUACCAAUACCAUAUAAAUACAUAUAUAUAUAUAUAUAUAUAUAUAUAUAUAUAUAUAUAUAUAUAUAUAUAUAUAUAUAUAUAUAUAUAUAUAUAUAUAUAUAUAUAUAUAUAUAUAUAUAUAUAUAUAUAUAUAUAUAUAUACACACACAUACAUAUACAGGGAGUGCAGAAUUAUUAGGCAAAUGAGUAUUUUGACCACAUCAUCCUCUUUAUGCAUGUUGUCUUACUCCAAGCUGUAUAGGCUCGAAAGCCUACUACCAAUUAAGCAUAUUAGGUGAUGUGCAUCUCUGUAAUGAGAAGGGGUGUGGUCUAAUGACAUCAACACCCUAUAUCAGGUGUGCAUAAUUAUUAGGCAACUUCCUUUCCUUUGGCAAAAUGGGUCAAAAGAAGGACUUGACAGGCUCAGAAAAGUCAAAAAUAGUGAGAUAUCUUGCAGAGGGAUGCAGCACUCUUAAAAUUGCAAAGCUUCUGAAGCGUGAUCAUCGAACAAUCAAGCGUUUCAUUCAAAAAGUCAACAGGGUCGCAAGAAGCGUGUGGAAAAACCAAGGCGCAAAAUAACUGCCCAUGAACUGAGAAAAGUCAAGCGUGCAGCUGCCACGAUGCCACUUGCCACCAGUUUGGCCAUAUUUCAGAGCUGCAACAUCACUGGAGUGCCCAAAAGCACAAGGUGUGCAAUACUCAGAGACAUGGCCAAGGUAAGAAAGGCUGAAAGACGACCACCACUGAACAAGACACACAAGCUGAAACGUCAAGACUGGGCCAAGAAAUAUCUCAAGACUGAUUUUUCUAAGGUUUUAUGGACUGAUGAAAUGAGAGUGAGUCUUGAUGGGCCAGAUGGAUGGGCCCGUGGCUGGAUUGGUAAAGGGCAGAGAGCUCCAGUCCGACUCAGACGCCAGCAAGGUGGAGGUGGAGUACUGGUUUGGGCUGGUAUCAUCAAAGAUGAGCUUGUGGGGCCUUUUCGGGUUGAGGAUGGAGUCAAGCUCAACUCCCAGUCCUACUGCCAGUUCCUGGAAGACACCUUCUUCAAGCAGUGGUACAGGAAGAAGUCUGCAUCCUUCAAGAAAAACAUGAUUUUCAUGCAGGACAAUGCUCCAUCACACGCGUCCAAGUACUCCACAGCGUGGCUGGCAAGAAAGGGUAUAAAAGAAGAAAAUCUAAUGACAUGGCCUCCUUGUUCACCUGAUCUGAACCCCAUUGAGAACCUGUGGUCCAUCAUCAAAUGUGAGAUUUACAAGGAGGGAAAACAGUACACCUCUCUGAACAGUGUCUGGGAGGCUGUGGUUGCUGCUGCACGCAAUGUUGAUGGUGAACAGAUCAAAACACUGACAGAAUCCAUAAAUGGCAGGCUUUUGAGUGUCCUUGCAAAGAAAGGUGGCUAUAUUGGUCACUGAUUUGUUUUUGUUUUGUUUUUGAAUGUCAGAAAUGUAUAUUUGUGAAUGUUGAGAUGUUAUAUUGGUUUCACUGGUAAUAAUAAAUAAUUGAAAUGGGUAUAUAUUUGUUUUUUGUUAAGUUGCCUAAUAAUUAUGCACAGUAAUAGUCACCUGCACACACAGAUAUCCCCCUAACAUAGCUAAAACUAAAAACAAACUAAAAACUACUUCCAAAAAUAUUCAGCUUUGAUAUUAAUGAGUUUUUUGGGUUCAUUGAGAACAUUGUUGUUGUUCAAUAAUAAAAUUAAUCCUCAAAAAUACAACUUGCCUAAUAAUUCUGCACUAUAUAUAUAUAUAUAUAUAUAUAUAUAUAUAUAUAUAUAUAUAUAUAUAUAUAUAAUAUAUUACAAUGCUCAAAAAAAUAAAGGGAACUCAAAAAUAACACAUCAUAGAUCUGAAUAUUGUUCUGAAAUACUUUGUUCUUUACAUAGUUGAAUGUACUGACAACAAAAUCACAUACAAAUUAAAAAAUGGAAAUCAAAUUUUUCAACCCAUGGAGGUCUGGAUUUGGAGUCACACUCAAAAUUAAAGUGGAAAAACACACUACAGGCUGAUCCAGCUUUGAUGUAAUGUCCUUAAAACAAGUCAAAAUGAGGCUUAGUAGUGUGUGUGUGUAGCCUCCAUGUGCCUGUAUGACCUCCCUACAAUGCCUGUGCAUGCUCCUGAUGAGGAGGCAGAUGGUCUUCUGAGGGAUCUCCUCCCAGACCUGGACUAAAGCAUCUGCCAACUCCUGGACAGUGUGUGGUGCAACGUGACAUUGGUGGAUGCAGCGAGAUAUGAUGUCCCAGAUGUGCUCAAUUGGAUUCAGGUCUGGGGAACGGGCAGGCCAGUCCAUAGCAUCAAUGCCUUCAUCUUGCAGGAACUGCUGACACACUCCAGCCACAUGAGGUCUAGCAUUGUCUUGCAUUAGGAGGUACCCAGGGCCAACCGCACCAGCAUAUGGUCAUACAAGGGGUCUGAGGAUCUCAUCUCUGUACCUAAUGGCAGUCAGGCUACCUCUAAGGAGCACAUGGAGGGCUGUGCGGCCCCCCCAAAGAAAUGCCACCCCACACCAUUACUGACCCACUACUAAACCGGUCAUGCUGGAGGAUGUUGCAGGCAGCAGAACGUUCUCCACGGCGUCUCCAGACUCUGUCACGUCUGUCACAUGUGCUCAGUGUGAACCUGCUUUCAUCUGUGAAGAGCACAGGGCGCCAGUCGCGAAUUUGCCAAUCUUGGUGUUCUCUGGCAAAUGCCAAACGUCCUGCACGGUGUUGGGCUGUAAGCACAACCCCCACCUGUGGAAGUCGGGCCCUCAUACCACCCUCAUGGAGUCUGUUUAUGACCGUUUGAGCAGACACAUGCACAUUUGUGGCCUGCUGGAGGUCAUUUUGCAGGGCUUUGGCAGUGCUCCUCCUGUUCCUUCCUGCACAAAGGUACAGGUAGCGGUCCUGCUGCUGGGUUGUUGCCCUCCUACGGCCUCCUCCACGUCUCCUGAUGUACUGGCCUGUAUCCUGGUAGCGCCUCCAUGCUCUGGACACUACGCUGACAGACACAGCAAACCUUCUUGCCAAAGCUCGCAUUGAUGUGCCAUCCUGGAUGAGCUGCACUACCUGAGCCACUUGUGUGGGUUGUAGACUCCGUCUCAUGCUACCACUAGAGUGAAAGCACCGCCAGCAUUCAAAAGUGACCAAAACAUCAGCCAGGAAGCAUAGGAACUGAGAAGUGGUCUGUGGUCACCACCUGCAGAACCACUCCUUUAUUGGUGGUGUCUUGCUAAUUGCCUAUAAUUUCCACCUGUUGUCUAUCCCAUUUGCACAACAGCAUGUGAAAUUGUCACUCAGUGUUGCUUCCUAAGUGGACAGUUUCAUUUCACAGAAGUGUGAUUGACUUGGAGUUACAGUGUGUUGUUUAAGUGUUCCCUUUAUUUUUUUGUGUGUGUGUAUAAUUAUUAUAACUAUGUAACAACAUUUUUGGGAAUCAAGGUAAAAUGCUACAGCUUAAAGUGUUCUAGGUUUAGAGUAAAACCACAUUACAUUGCAACAUUUUGACUUAAAUUCCCAAUAUUAAUUUUUCUUUUCUAUGUUUAUACAGAUCUGUGUGAUCAUGCUGUGCAUAUAGCUCACGAUGAACUUUGACCAACUGUGAUUCCAUUUAUUCACUUGGACCAGGAUGCUUCUCAUGUUUACAAAGGAGUCGAUAGUGGGAUAUAAAUAUAAACUAUGUAGCACAAUGUUCCCUCCUAUGUUUUUUACAUUAAAAAACAAAAACCUAUUUUGUACAUUUGGAGAGUUUUGUGUUUUAAUUCUUUACAUUUCCUAACCAGGGAACACCUUCUCCAGCAUCACUGUAUUGAGACUUGAUCCAGACAUUGUUUUAUUGGAGCUAUUAACUUUCAUCAUCCUGAAACUAUGUAUUUCUACAUUACUUCUGUGUAUGAACUCUUCAAGAAACAAUUUUCUUAUCAAGAUCUUCAUGAGACACUGUGAGGUCGGAGAGUGCUGCUCUAUAGGUUAGAUACACCUCCACAAUGCAAGAGAGCUUGGAAUUUUCUGUUCUGUCCUUGGAUAUCUUCAAAUCAUUUGUACUUGUUUUAUAUUUAUCAUAAUAAACUGCAAUUAAUAUUAAAAGACAAAACGUGAAUCUAAAAUUUUCUAUGAAACAACACAGGACAUAUUUUACAUUUUUUCCGAAGUAGUAAUGAGGCCGUCCAGAGAUACCAUAAAAGUAGUCAAUCAGGAGAGUGACUGGUAGAGG